ACGCGUUGUAUUGAAUUAUCACACUGAAAUACAAUAAAAUACAUUGGCUUAUAUAAUAUUCAUAGCAAUCGUCUCUUGCUUAUGGGUUAUGUUAAUGUUUGACAGAUUAUAUGUUACUUAGUCUCGUUCUUAUCUUAUCGAUCUUGUACACAUACGUGUAAUUCUAGUACUUCUGGAAGUUAACAUCAUAGAGACCAUGCAUACCUUUCCAUAUUGUCGCCUUACGCCUAAUGUUUUAUGGUUAACUGGGUCUCUAUUGGUGUUGUGUACUUCUGCUGAAAUAAACAUCAGUACUGACGAGUUUGCCGCAUGGAAAGCCGAAAUUGAACACCAAAUUAUAAGCCUUCAAAAAGAAAACAUGGAGAUUAGAGAGACAAAUAAAAUCUUUUCCACCAAAGUAGGACGUCUGGAAGAUAAAAUGAAAGAGAUGGAAGCAGACAGAAAUAGGAUGUCGAAGAUUAUUGAAUGUCAGAACGAAGAGCUACGUAAUCUUCACAAAAAUGUCGACAAUCGAGAUGACGUCAAAAAAGAAGAGAACGAGAACGAUCCUAAAAUGCUUGACCGACGAACAAAUGAUGAUAGAAACGAGGGACAGGGAGCUCAGAUAUCUAGAAUAAUACCAGGGACCUCGGAAUCAUUGCAGGAACCUGUCAUAUUUCACAGUUAUUUGUCCAGUAACAGUCCGCCAAACCUUGGCACUCAUCACGUCAUAGCCUUUGAUGCCAUUCCGAUCAACAAAGGAAAUGGUUACCACCAUGACAACGGUAUAUUCGAAGCACCUCGGCCAGGAACUUACGUCUUCCUUUGGACCAUAAACACUUACCCUAGAGGAUAUAUUCGAACAGAACUAGUGGUUAAUGGCAACGUCAUCAGUUCUGGGGUCACUGACAGUCACGCGGAUGAUGGAAUAAUGAGUGGCACGAAUGUAGCUAUAGCAGACUUGGUGACUGGAGACCACGUGUAUGUCAGACUCCGACACACAGCAAUCAACUACAUAUACAGUAAUGCAGAAGGGAGAUCGACAUUUUCUGGAUGGCUUUUGCAUUAAAAGAUGAAACACUUU